ACAAGCCAUUUGCAGUUUCCUUCUUUUAGCUCUACUUGUUCUCAAACCCUGCAUUGGCAAUGCCGAAUCAUCCAAUAACGGGGGUUUCGCCUCGGCCAGUGGGACCCACUUCAUGAUGGACGGGCGACCAUUCUAUGCUAAUGGGUUCAAUGCUUAUUGGAUGAUGUACAUGGCAGGGGACCCGACAACAAGAUAUCAAGUUUCCAAUGCAUUUCAGCAAGCGGCAAGUUAUGGACUUAAUGUUGUCAGAACCUGGGCUUUCAGUGAUGGAGGUUACAGGGCUCUGCAGGUUUCUCCUGGAAAUUAUGAUGAGAAUAUGUUCAAGGCAUUGGACUUUGUAAUUUCAGAGGCAAAGAGAAAUAGGGUUUAUUUGAUUCUCAGUUUGGUGAAUAACUGGGAGGGAUAUGGAGGAAAGAAGCAGUAUGUGCAGUGGGCUAGGGAUCAAGGACAGUGGUUGAAUUCUGAUGAUGAUUUCUUCAGAAGUUAUCCCACAAAGCAAUUCUACAAGAACCAUAUCAAGGCUAUUCUCACAAGGGUGAACUCGAUAACAGGAGUAAUGUACAAGGAUGAUCCUACCAUCUUUGCAUGGGAGCUCAUGAACGAACCCCGUUGCCAGAGCGAUUACUCUGGUGCAACUCUACAGAAUUGGAUAUCGGAAAUGGCCGGUUAUGUGAAAUCGAUUGAUAGCAACCACAUGCUUGAAGCUGGCUUAGAAGGAUUCUAUGGGGAUUCAAGGCCUGACAGGAAACAAUACAAUCCUGGUUAUGAAGUUGGGUCUGAUUUCAUCGCCAACAAUCAGAUCUCUCAAAUUGAUUUCACUACAAUUCACAUCUACCCUGAUCAAUGGAUCAAUGGUGCUGAUGAUAAUGCACAAACAACAUUCCUCCAGAGUUGGAUUACAUCACAUACACAAGAUGCGGGAUCCUUAGGAAAACCACUCAUGAUCACAGAGUUUGGAAGAUCAUCGAAGCAAUUCAGCUCAGCUCAGAGAGAUGCAUACUAUUGGGCUGCAUACAACACAAUCUAUGCAUCGGCGAGAUCUGGUGGUGCUUGCUCCGGUGCUCUCUUCUGGCAGUAUCUAGGCCAAGGAAUGGAUAACUUCAGAGAUGGGUAUGAAGUUGUUUUCCAAGACUGCCCGACAACGGCAAGUAUAAUUUCGCAGCAGUCCCGGAGGAUCGAGAGCCUGAAUAAUCCCAUGACCGUAUCUAAUACCAAGAAACUUGAGAAGCUCAAUAACUAGCUAGAUAUAUAUUAUGUUAUGCAAAGAGAAAUAUAUAUUAUGUUAUAUGGAUGCGUAAAAGCCCUUGU